GGCAGAGGCGGGCCCAAGGCUCUCCAAUGGAAUCAAAGGAAACGCAUGAGGCGGCCGAGACGCGGAGCCAAUAGGAGGAGCCUGCGCGGAGGACGCCGGGAUGAUGGAGAAUUUUUCCGCUCUCUUCGGAGGGAGCGAGCCUCCUCCGCCCUCCGCGGGUACGGCGCUGGGCUUCGGCCCCGGGAAACCAGGCGGGCCUGUGACUGGGCCCUCUCCCGUCCCUGCGGUGACCCCCGUCGGGGAAGAGGCGGCCCGCAAAGCAGCGGUGGCGGCGGCCAGCGGACCCUUCUACCUAAUGCGCGAGUUGCCAGGUACCACUGAACUUACAGGAAGCACAAACCUGAUUACUCACUACAACCUGGAGCAUGCUUACAACAAAUUUUGUGGCAAAAAGGUGAAAGAGAAGCUCAGUAACUUUCUGCCAGAUCUGCCAGGAAUGAUCGAUUUGCCAGGCUCUCAUGAUAACAGCAGUCUGCGCUCGCUCAUUGAGAAGCCUCCCAUCUGCGGAAGUUCAUUCAACCCCAUCACUGGCACCAUGCUAACAGGAUUUCGGCUCCACGCAGGCCCGCUGCCAGAACAGUGUCGCUUAAUGCACAUUCAGCCACCUAAGAAAAAAAACAAGCACAAACACAAGCAGAGCCGUACCCAGGAUCCUGUCCCUCCAGAAACUCCUUCAGAUUCUGACCACAAGAAAAAAAAGAAGAAAAAAGAGGAUGAUCCUGAGCGGAAAAGAAAGAAGAAGGAGAAAAAGAAAAAGAAGAAUCGGCAUAGCCCUGAACAUCCAGGUGUGGGCAGUUCUCAAGCCAGCAGUAGCAGCAGCCUCCGAUAAAAGCCCUGCCAAAGAUUACAGUGGGGAAACUGCUCCAGGAAGGUACUACCGGGAAGUAACUUGCUUAGAAGAGGAAGAGCAAUAAUGUGGGAGCCAUUGUCAACUCACAUACUUCCUUUGCCGCUUAUGCAGAAACAUAUAGACAAUAACUACUUGGUGGAAGUUCUAGGAGUCCACUGGUCUCACCACAACAGACACAGACUUUGCCUUGGACUUUGAUGCAGGCUGGUGUUUGUACGGGAGUCCUGUUUCUGUUUGUUUUUUGUACAAAAUUAUCCUGACUUAGUUGGGAUGUUUCUUUUCCAUAUUAUAAUUAAAUCUCUGUUGGAGGAGAUGCUUGUGAUUUGAAAGAAUCCUGACCUCUGGAACCUCUUUUCCCCUUUUCCUCCAUGUUGUGGGCUUGCAAACAACUCUGUGGUUGAUAGAUGAUGAGCAACUCCAGACCUCCUUUAUGUGGUGUGGCGUUGUCUGAGGCUAGUGGAUGAGCAAGCAGUCUGCCCUGUUGUGGCUCUGCAUAAGUAAGAGGAGAAACAGCAGACAUUUAAGCUGGGAAUAGAAUGCAAUGUUUAAUUUCAUCUCCCAGGUAUUUGUCAGUGAAUAGGCCUAGUUAAGGAUCAGAUGGACAGCUAAAUGAAAAACAUUGACCAAAAUUCCUUUAACAGUGGAAAUAUGUCAGAGUUGAGAAGCUAAAUUGUGAGUCUAAGGACAGAAUUUGUUUUGGGAUUCUCUUCCCCAAGGACUAGCUUAUUGGGUAAAGGCUGCUCAGCAUGUCUCUUAAUAAGAAAAAAAGAUUUAAUAUUUGUUAGCAGGGGAAAGAAAUCCCCAACAGACAUAAACUGAAGAGAUUAAAGACUCUUUCGUCCACAAAUUCUGAGCUGGGCAUAGACCAAUUAUCUGCCCUAUUUCUUCUGUAGUAUACAUCUGUAUUACUACCUCAUUGUGAGCACCCUGGCAGAAAUUGUUACUUUAAUUUUCAGGUGAUCAUCUUCUCUGCUUUUACCUGUUUUGGUUCUAAACUACACAAAACAGUGACAAGCCUGGACCCCUGAACAGCAACUGCUGGGGAAAAAGUCCUUUUGGUAAAUGACAAAAGAAACGUAGGCCAGUGUCACUGCUGCCUCGUGUUGCCUUGCCUUAAAAAAGGGUAAUUCCAUCCUCUUGACAGAAGGAAUGGAAUGAGGUCGGAUCUGUGCUUUAAUCAGAAUACCAUUUGUUGACAAGUUAAACACAACAUGAAAUGUCCCUGAUCAUAGCUCCCAUAGUUAUUUCUGGAGUUGAGUGGAGAGUUCAGCAUUGAAGCUGUGGCAUAGCAAGUAGCAAUUUGUCUGCCCGAAGUAAAAAGACAGGUGCAGUUUGUGUGUACCUGUCUCACUGCUAACUGCUUCAAGGGGACAGUUUCUAGAAUAUGUGAAACAAGUUUUAAAAACUGGAUUAGAUCCAAAUCCUGCCACAAGCCGUUACCUUUACAGAAAUAAGAUGUCUGGAAAUCUGCCCAGGGAUCUCCCUUGUCAAGUCUAGCUUUGCACUUUUCAUGAAGGUGAGCUGAUGAGAGGCAGAAAAAUAAAUGGAGAUGCUCUGGCUUACAGUAUUAUUAAAUAGGUUUUCAAAUGUCUGGUUCUGCAUUUUUACUCUUUCUUGUGCUGCCUUGCUUGUACAGGAGAGUGCUUCAUCCCAAAGGAAUGCAUUCCAUGCAGUGGAAGAAUUACUAUACUUACUUUCUCUCUUUGUGGACUUCCAUUUAGUUUCAUUGUUAAUCAGCUGGGAAGAGCGAGAAGUGUGGUUGUGAAAAACCCUUGAGCAACUAUGUCAAGAGCUACUUAUCUAAAUACCUCCUUUAAUAACUAAAAAUAAUGUAAAUGUAAGAGUCUUGUUCUUGGUGAACAGCACUGAGUUCUCUGUCCCUACACACAGCUUUAGGUGGAUGGUUAUCUAAGCAGUGGAAGGUUCCAUCAAGUUCUUAAGUACCUAAAUGUAGAGGUUUAGAAAUGCAGUAAUGGACUAUGAAUUGCAGCACUUUUUUGUAUCAUAUUUGGAUCAAAACUCUGCAUAUUUACAUUUUAAAGCUUUCUGAUCAUCAGACUCACAAGAUAAGGUAUAUGAAUGUGGGAUGUACUCUGCUGUUGUAUGUCAAGGCUAGUAGAAUUUCUGCACCUAUGCCUCUGGCCUUUGUUAUUAGCAGUCCACUAAUCCAAAUGCAUUCUGUGGUCCAUUGCAGCUACUGUCCCAUCUGAAAAGGCCUGUGUGUUGUACGAAACAUAAGUAAUGGGAAUACAAGUCUAUUUGUCAUUCAGAUGUCCAUUUUUUUUCUGCCUGAAAAAAAUUGUACUGCUGUUGGAGAUACAUUCCUUGCAAAUUAUCUUCUCAGGGAAAUCUCUUUAUAAUGCCCUCUCUACCAGAGAGUGCAGCUCCAUUCCUUCUAAAGAAAAUGGGGGCAAGAAUGUGCUCCCUAUGCUGGGUUACAGGCUACAUUGAUCAAAUAUGUCAUAGAAAGGUUAGUACAAACCAUCACUUGGCAAAACGAGGGUGAGCUUCUGGAUAACAGCAUGAUUCCCAUAGGUUGAAAUAUGCACGUCUGUGUGUAUUCUGUGCCUGGGAUGUAUCUUACUGUAAGGUAUUCUUGAAAACAGUAGCUUCUAUCCUUCACACUCAGUUUUCUUGAUAGAACCAAAGUGUUUUUCUGUAGGGCUGCAGUGUAAAGGCUCUAGGCAAAAUAGGGAUGAAAUGGGUCCAAUGUGGCUUGCUAAAUGCAAGUAUUGAAGGCUAAUAAGGAAUAAUUCUGACCUCUCUGCUUUUGUCCCUGCCUAUACAACUGAAUGUUUGAAAUAAUCUAUGUUAAUAAUAUGUUUACACUACUACAUUAACCAAAUUUACUAGUUUUUGGAAGCAUAAUCCAGUAUACAGUGGACCCUUUGUAGCCAUUGGGGUUUGGUUCCUGGGUUCCCCACAGAUAGGAAAAGAUGUGGAUGAUCGCUCCCCAUAUUAAAUGGCAGUGACAUGAAUGCAGACGUACUGAAGUGUGCACAUUGCCAUUUAAUAAUAUGGGACAUGACCCGCAGUCUCUUGAAAUUGUGGAUCUGGAGCCUGUGGUUCCAGAGGUUCCACUGUAAUUUCAGUGUGGCAGUGUUGCUGCUGUCCUUGAAACAAUUUGACUUCAGUUUCUUAUUACCUUUGCUGAAUAUUUGGGACUAUUGGAUUUAAGGAACACUAGUAGUUAUGUAUCCCAUCUCCAUUCUUUUCACCUACUACUUUUACAGAGAAUAAAAUAAUAAAUGGGGGCACAACCAUACAUGAAGUUUGUAUAACAAACUUUUAUUUACUGGUCUGUCUAAUAUAUUAGCUAUCUUGAGGUGCACUUUGAGUGUGGAGAGAGGCAUAUAUAUAAAAAGAUUUAUACAGCUUGAUGAGAACCUGAAGAAUAAAGUAGAAAUCUAAUAACACUAGGAGGAGAUUGAACUCUUGCAAGAUAACUUUUAAAAUCAUUUGUUCCUGUUAAAGUGAACAGUAAACUGUUGUGAUUCAUUGUUUCUGUGCUGAAGUAAGUGGCUGUGCUGUUUCUUGCACAACUUUUUUAUGUGUUACCUUCUAUGCCGGUGGGGGCGGGGGAGGCGGUUUAAAGUGAUAAAAUGACAUAACGUUUGAAAAAUUCCUGUAACUUAACAUAUGUUUAAAACUAACUCUUGAAAUUAAAUAGAAACUUAAUUGA